AACAUAAGUAUUGUGCCUUGAAAAUGAAUAUUAUAAACAAACGGUCAUCAGCCAUCGCGUUAGUAAACGUGCUGUGCUCGUUUCUUAUGGAAGUUUAAAGAUAUAAUUUAUUGUCAGCUAAAAAGACAAAUAAAAUGUACGAUUUGGGAGAAGAUGAUUACGAAGAGGAAGAAGAGAACGAAGAGAUUUCCAGUGAGCUUUGGCAAGAAGCUUGCUGGAUAGUAAUAAAUUCUUAUUUCGACGAAAAAGGAUUGGUAAGACAACAAUUGGAUUCGUUCGACGAGUUUAUUCAGAUGUCUGUGCAACGAAUAGUAGAAGAUUCUCCGCAAAUCGAAUUACAAGCAGAGUCUCAGCACACACAUGGUGAAAUUGAUACUCCUACGAAGUAUCAAAUUAAAUUUGAACAGAUUUAUCUGUCCAAACCGACCCAUUGGGAGAAAGACGGUUCCCCAUCCCCCAUGAUGCCAAAUGAAGCCAGACUCCGUAACUUAACAUAUUCCGCUCCACUUUAUGUAGAUAUUACAAAAACUGUACUUAAAGACGGCGAAGAACUGGUAGUUACUCAACACUCCAAGUCUUUUAUCGGAAAAAUCCCCAUUAUGCUGAGAUCGACUUACUGUUUAUUGUUCGGUUUGAAUGAUCGUGAUUUAACAGAGUUAAACGAAUGUCCUCUCGAUCCUGGCGGUUAUUUCAUUAUCAACGGUUCUGAAAAAGUGCUUAUAGCUCAAGAAAAAAUGGCUACAAAUACUGUUUAUGUAUUCAGCAUGAAAGACGGUAAAUAUGCAUUUAAGGCAGAAAUCCGAUCGUGUCUCGAACAUUCAUCCCGUCCUACUUCUACCCUUUGGGUGAAUAUGAUGGCCCGUGGUGGCCAAAGUAUAAAAAAAUCUGCAAUCGGUCAACGUAUUAUUGCCAUUUUGCCAUAUAUUAAACAAGAAAUACCCAUUAUGAUAGUGUUCCGAGCAUUGGGUUUCGUUGCUGAUCGAGACAUUUUAGAGCACAUAAUAUAUGACUUUGAUGAUCCGGAAAUGAUGGAAAUGGUUAAGCCAUCACUAGAUGAAGCUUUUGUCAUUCAAGAACAAAAUGUCGCUCUAAAUUUUAUUGGUUCUCGUGGGGCAAGACCUGGGGUGACCAAAGAAAAACGUAUAAAAUAUGCUCGAGAAAUUCUUCAAAAAGAAAUGUUGCCUCAUGUCGGUGUUUCAGAUUUUUGUGAAACCAAAAAAGCAUAUUUCUUGGGAUACAUGGUGCAUCGUUUGCUGUUGGCUUCACUUGGGCGGCGUGAAUUGGACGACAGAGAUCAUUAUGGUAAUAAGCGUUUGGAUUUGGCUGGACCGUUAUUGGCUUUCUUGUUUAGAGGUCUAUUUAAAAAUUUAAUGAAAGAAGUGCGUAUGUAUGCUCAAAAAUUUAUUGAUCGGGGAAAAGAUUUCAAUUUAGAUUUGGCUAUUAAAACUAAACUUAUAACUGAUGGUUUAAGAUAUUCUUUAGCUACUGGAAACUGGGGAGAUCAAAAGAAAGCCCAUCAAGCGAGAGCUGGUGUGUCUCAAGUAUUGAACAGACUUACAUUUGCUUCGACGCUGUCUCAUUUAAGACGUGUUAAUUCUCCGAUUGGGAGAGAUGGUAAACUAGCUAAACCUCGACAGCUGCAUAACACCUUGUGGGGAAUGUUAUGUCCUGCUGAAACGCCAGAAGGAGCUGCUGUUGGCUUGGUAAAAAAUUUGGCACUAAUGGCCUACAUAUCUGUCGGAUCUCAACCUUCACCAAUCUUAGAGUUUUUGGAAGAGUGGAGCAUGGAAAACUUGGAAGAAAUUGCUCCGUCUGCUAUUGUUGACGCGACCAAAAUCUUUGUCAAUGGAUGUUGGGUUGGUAUUCAUCGUGAUCCUGAACAACUUAUGGGUACGCUCAGAAAACUUCGACGCCAAAUGGAUAUUAUCGUUAGUGAAGUCAGUAUUAUUCGUGAUAUACGCGACCGUGAAAUUAGAAUCUAUACAGAUGCUGGUCGAAUAUGUCGUCCGUUGCUAAUUGUUGAAAAUGGAAAAUUAUUAUUGAAGAAACGUCAUAUUGAUAGCUUAAAAGAGCGUGACUACAAUAAUUACGGAUGGCAAGUUCUCGUAUCUAACGGUGUGGUUGAGUAUAUUGAUACUUUAGAAGAAGAAACCACGAUGAUUGCGAUGUCACCCGAUGAUUUGAGACAAGAAAAGGAAUUUGCUUACUGUACGACUUAUACACAUUGUGAAAUUCAUCCUGCCAUGAUAUUAGGAGUGUGUGCAUCGAUUAUACCGUUUCCCGAUCAUAAUCAAAGUCCAAGAAAUACUUAUCAAAGUGCUAUGGGCAAACAAGCAAUGGGAGUGUAUAUAACAAAUUACCACGUUAGAAUGGACACGUUGGCUCACGUUCUUUAUUACCCUCAUAAACCGCUUGUAACUACAAGAUCUAUGGAAUAUCUACGGUUUAGAGAACUCCCAGCCGGUAUCAACUCGAUUGUUGCCAUUUUAUGUUAUACUGGCUACAAUCAAGAAGACAGUGUUAUAUUAAACGCUUCGGCUGUGGAAAGAGGCUUUUUUAGAUCUGUGUUUUACCGUUCCUAUAAAGAUUCUGAAUCUAAACGCAUCGGUGAUCAAGAAGAAGUGUUUGAAAAACCAAAUCGUGCAACUUGUCAAGGCAUGAGGAAUGCUAUUUACGAUAAAUUGGACGAUGACGGUAUAAUAUCACCAGGCUUAAGAGUGUCGGGAGAUGAUGUAAUUAUUGGCAAAACAAUGACGCUUCCAGAUAAUGAAGAUGAACUUGAAGGUACCACCAAGAAGUUUUCAAAAAGAGAUGCGAGUACGUUUUUAAGAAAUAGUGAAACCGGUCUUAUUGAUCAAGUUUUAUUGACUUUAAAUUCCGAAGGUUAUAAAUUUUGCAAGAUUCGUGUACGAUCUGAGAGAAUCCCUCAGAUCGGCGAUAAAUUUGCCUCUAGGCAUGGUCAAAAAGGUACUUGUGGAAUACAGUACAGACAAGAAGACAUGCCAUUUACUAGUGAAGGUGUGUCUCCCGACAUUAUAAUUAAUCCUCAUGCUAUACCCUCGAGAAUGACAAUCGGCCAUUUAAUUGAGUGCUUACAAGGAAAAGUAUCGGCAAAUAAAGGAGAAAUCGGUGAUGCUACACCGUUUAACGAUGCUGUCAAUGUGCAGAAAAUUUCUACUUUACUCCAAGAGUAUGGUUAUCAUCUAAGAGGUAAUGAAGUUAUGUACAAUGGAUUUACUGGAAGAAAAAUCAAUGCCCAAAUAUUUUUGGGACCUACUUAUUACCAACGUCUUAAACAUAUGGUGGACGACAAAAUACAUUCAAGAGCUCGGGGACCGGUCCAGAUUUUAGUGCGACAGCCUAUGGAAGGAAGAGCUAGAGACGGCGGUCUACGAUUUGGAGAGAUGGAACGAGAUUGUCAAAUCGCCCACGGUGCAGCUCAAUUUUUACGUGAACGUCUAUUUGAAGUUUCUGAUCCUUACCGCAUACAUAUUUGCAAUUUCUGUGGUUUAAUUGCCAUCGCUAAUUUGAGAAACAAUACUUUCGAAUGCAAAGGAUGCAAAAAUAAAACACAAAUUUCACAAGUGCGAUUACCGUAUGCAGCAAAAUUACUAUUCCAAGAACUUAUGUCCAUGAAUAUUGCACCUAGACUUAUGGUGACAAACUAAAAUGUUAAUAAAUAUUUAGGGUAAAAACAUUAUAUAAUAUUAUAUUUUUUUAGCUUUGAUGCGUAUUUAAUUUUGUAACUAUUAAAUGAUUUAUGCAUUGUAUAUUGUUUUAUAUGUAUUAAAAAAUAUUUUAGUUUUUAACUAAAUUGUUUUUAAAAUGUUAAAUAUAAGUCUCUAAUGUACAUUAA